AAGAACUUAAGAAACUGCCAGAGGGCAAGUCCAUCCAACGUUUGGUUCAUCAGAAGAAAAUAAUUUUUUUUAGCAUUUAUUAACGUUUAAAAACAAAACAACAAAUUUUAAAGUUGAGCCAACGUAAAAAGAAAAUUAACAUUUCAUCCAGAUUUUAUCGAAUAUCAAUUGCGAACUAUUUGAAGAUUUACAAAGACUUGACGCUAGCCAUUUCAACCAAUACCUUUUCACUGGCAAUCCAGAAAAGUAUUUAAUAAAAGAGCAACUAAGCAAACCUACGACAUCAUGUCUAAGCCAAGCACUACGCCUAGACAAAUGAAUCUUUUCGCCACCCUUUUCGCCGCGAGCUUACUGCUCGCCAAUGUCGCCCGUUCUUUCGCCGAUGAUGACGCGACCCCGACCGACCCCUGGAUAGAGACCCUGCUUCACGACUACCGACCCCAGGGACUUCAGCAGAGACAAGCAGUUUCCCAGCACACAUUGGAUUACAUCAAACGGUGAGUUCGUCAUCAUUUCACACAUGCCGUCAAUCUUUCUUGCACAGAAUACAAAAAACAACAAACACACAAGAAGACAUUACGGUACACAUUGCUUUCAAACAAUAUUUGAACGUCUCAUUCAUAUUUUAGGGUACUUCGAAGAACAUUCACUUUCUUGUAAACGAAUGCUGACAACAACAACAACAACAACAACAACAACAAUAACAAAGCAUUAAAAAAUAACAAAUAAUUUUGAUUUAACGAGCUAGGUACGACAUACCGUUUGUACCUUAUCAGAUCAUUUGUUGCCUUGCGUAUUCCUCUUCAACAGUGGUCCUUAACUUUUGCAGCCCCGCAUCCCGUCUUGAUUUCAAAAUAUAUCCCCCCGCCCCCCACACACAAUCUCUUGUUCCCUAUUUCAGCAUUAUCUACUGUCCCUUUUGUUCAAUGUUUGAAAAAAUGAACAGUAAUUAAAAUUAGUUUGGCAUCAUUUCUCCAGUAGCUAGGUCCCUCAAUCGCACACUUGGAAAAUGGGGUGGGGGUUCUUGAACCUUAGGUUAAGAACCCCCGUCCUACAAAAAUAAUGCUUAAUUUUUAAAUUAUUCAUUUCUAUUUUACAGAACACAAUAAGUCGGUCGCUACCAAAUCUGUAAUAUGUCAAUGACAAGAAUAUGGGAGGAAGUAGUGUUGUUUUUUUUUGUGUGUUUAAUUUGGCAAACACAAAUUUCGGUGUACACGAAGACAGAUUUAAAAUGUACUGUUCUACUUCAACUUGAGACUUGAGUAGGAGAUCUGCUUCUCUAUAGAGCUGGCAAAGCUGAAAUUAUAUUUGAUUUUCUUUUCUUUCUGAGAUUUUAUUUUAAAAUAAAACGAUAAUAGAUUUUUGUGAUAAAUAGUAAAUUCUGAGAAGCACUGCGCAAAGUUAAACAAAAUUUGAAAGUUUUAAUAAUCCAGCUGUGUGUGUGUGUGGGGGGGGGGUAUUUAGUUGGAACGCCAUGUUUUAUCUGCUUCGCUUUUUAAAACUCUCCAAGUAUUUCAUAACCUACUGCAGCAUUUCCUCAUGAAAUUCAAUUUUUAACUCUUUGCAGACUUUUCCACGGUUUGACAUUCGGUGAGCUUAACGAAGAGCAGCAAGAAGAAAUUGAAGAAUAUUUCGGUCAGCAUAAUGUGCAAGGACUCAGCAGCGAAGAGCAAGAAGAACAAAAGACCGUGACCUACGGACAGCAAACUACUACGUCGCAAACCAAUCAAAAAGAUUCAGAAGAAUCCCAAGAAGAACAAAAGACAUACACAAAGCAAAUCACUCAAGACGAUUCCGACGAAUCUCAAGAAGACGAUAGUCACGAGCAAGACUCAUCAUCAUCAUCAGAAGAAGAAUCGAAACAACAAACCACUGCAGCCAACAAAAUACCAACUAGCACAUACAAAGCAGUGCAGCACAAGGAGACAACACCCAAGAAAGAUGAGGACAGCAGCAGUGAAGAAGACAAAGGUUUGUUUAUAGUUUAUUCAGUUGUUUGUUUGUUUGUUUGUUUUUUCUUGUUGUUUUUUUUUUCUUGUUUCUUUUUCGCUUUCAGUUAUUUUCAAGUAGGUUUGAAUGUUCAAAUUUUACUUUUAUAUUCUUUCGUAUUCAAGUUAUUUAUAAUAAUAAUUCCCGACUGGAUCUUUCUUGUCCGCCCCGCUCUCAUUGCGCACAUUGAUGCGCUCUCAUUCGCUGCUUCCCCAGUCGUGCGCCUGAUCACGUACGCACCAAAUGCACACAAAAGAGCAAACUACAACUAAUCUUUGGUGGAUAUACGGAGUGCCAUCAGGAAUUAUUAUUAUAGAUUAUGGAACUCUUACCGUAUUUUACGCACGCAACGUUGUUGCGAUGCCCCAGCUAGUAUUAAAAAAUUACUUUUGAGUCUUUGCCAUGAAAGAAUUUCCUCGCGGUAAAAGUUAAUGGAUAAUGGAUUCUUUGCAUCUAGAAUGGCUAGAGUAUUAAGGGACUCUAUCUACAGCCACGCGACUUUCAUAUCACUGCUACAAACCAAGCUCCAUAUAUUGUCAACGUUUUUCUCCUCCUCCCCCCCCCCCACCCAAACGCUAAAGGAGAGUCAUGUUUUGUCUCCCCACUGCGGAACUUUUGCCAUGAAAGAAUUUCCUGGCGGUAAAAGUUAAUGGAUAAUGGAUUCUUUGCAUCUAGAAUGGCUAGAGUAUUAAGGGACUCUAUCUACAGCCACGCGACUUUCAUAUCCCUGCUACAAACCAAGCUCCAUAUAUUGUCAACGUUUUUCUCCUCCUCCCCCCCCCCCACCCAAACGCUAAAGGAGAGUCAUGUUUUGUCUCCCCACUGCGGAACUUCCAUUCCACAAGCGAUGUUGCUCCAUAAAGUUUUGAUGAGCAUUAAACGAUCAAUAGUUGUUGAAAAGAUCCAUUGAGAUGUAAAUGAUCGAUGACUAGUAUCUAUCGUGUAUGCAUCAAGUCAAUGUCCUUGAUACAAUAAACAUAACACCAGGUAUUGCUAGCAUUAAAUGUGUUAUACUAUUCAUGUGCCAAAAAACAUUGGUCUUUCAGAUAUAAAAGGAAUUAGGUGUCUAGAUUACUAAGUGCAUACCGGGUGUGUGUGUGUGUGACUGUGGAUGUGUUUGUUAAGAAGCUCUCUUUUCCUUGAGGUUUAAAAACUCCAUAUUUGACUUCUGUUGACAGACUUCUGUAAGGGAUUUAAGCCAUACACAGCUGACACACGUUUUUACCUGCAAUACGACGGUUCCAGUUGGUUGAAGAUGCCAUGUCCCAGUGGUCUUGGAUUCGAUCAUGUCACAUGUGCCUGUAGCAUUCUGGUCACUCGUAAGUAUCUUUACAUUUCCAACUUUUAUUUGGACUGAUUGUUAUAAUAUGUAGAUUUUUUUUUUAUUAUUGGUAAAAUAUCUUGAACUGUCCUGCUAAAUCCAUGAAAAAUGUUCUUUUUUUUUUUAAAGUACAAUUAUUUCUUUAAAAUUAAUUCAUAUCGCUUCCUACUGUUAUGCUCAGCACGAUCAAAUUCGCGUCGAAUUUUUGUCAAAUUUAUUUUUUGAACGCACUAUUUUGUUUUACUACAGAGUGCGUUCAAAAAGAAAUUUGACGAAAAUUAUUUUUGACGGUGUGAACCAAGCAUAAUUCAAUAAUGAAAUCUGGCAAUGACGAUAGAUUUUUAUAUUUCUAUUGCCAUUUCAAAUGAUGAGCUUCAAACCAAGGGAGGAAAUCCAUUGGCUUGUGUGUUCAAAUAAUUUCUUUACGUUUAACCAUCUUCUUUUUGUUUGAAUCUCCAGCCCACAAGAGUUCCACCACCACCAAAAGAAUAAUCACCUCUACCACCACCACACCCACUACCACAACCACCCGAAGAACUACAACCACCCCAAUAACCACCACAACCACCACCCCAACGACGACGACCACAACGCCAACAACAACUACCACGAGGAAGACCAGUACCCCGAAACCAAACUUUGGUAGGUCGGCCAGUUUGUGCUUUUAGUGAUUUGGUUAUGCGACUUAAUCCUGGAUUUACAUUAAAGCAAGCGUUUCUUUUCCCAAGCUCCACAACAGCUACAUUUAAGAGUUGAUACGUAUCUCUUUCAAACCUGCUGGUCAAAGGUGGUGGAUAUUGUGAGAUAAAUGACAACUACUUUAAAGGGUGCGCACAUGUUUACGGCUCUCUUACUCUACUCUCUAGAUCUGUGCAAGGAUUGCGUCAUCCUUCACGGUGUCGGAUAUGCUGCAGUAGCUGGCCACUGCGACGCCUACAUCCAGUGCAGGUAUUAUGGUGACAUACCCACAGCAGUCAGCAUUAGACGAUGCCCUUAUGGACUCCAGUGGAAUCAAAACAAACUGACUUGCGACAAGGAGGAGAAUGUCAAGUGUGUUUCAGGUAGGAAACUAUGUAAGCUGUUGUGUAAGCUGUUGUGUAAUAUCUUGUGCAAGCGAUGGAUGUAGGAGCUUUAUUUUUAACUGAAACAGAAUGUUUUUACUCUAUUGUUAAAUUGUAAACUUAAUUAGCAGCGGGUCUGUAACACAAUCUACAGAUAGAUGUUAAUCAUUAUUUAGGGAUGGAGCGGGUGGGGUAAGGUGUGACGACACACUGAGAUGACAAACUUACUCGCGGUCUGGCGCAUUCAACCCCCAGCAAUAACAUAAGACAAAAUAAGACACAUCCAGGAGGAUGUGAUUGGGGCCAGGUGGCUGCUGUGUCGGAAUGGUGACCAUGGGUAGAUAAGUCGUGUCUUCCUCGGAAGUUGGCAGCCAAGAGUAGGAAAACUCUGACCCUAUACUGGACCACUGCCUUGUGGGUUAAAGGCUACAGGAGGACACGCCAAAAACAUAAAAAUCCGGAGAUGGCAUCCCGCAAGGGGGGUGGGGGGAUUACACUGUACUCUACUCCUGUGGCGCACUUGGUGCCAGGCUGUAUCGAUGUUUAAAAUUUCGUUUGGGCUCAUCUGCUGGCUGGGAAACAGUUGAUAAUAAAUAAAAACAGCUACCACACGCCUUCGUCAUUACGACAGAUACAUUUUAAGUGAAAUUAACAUUGAGAGUACACCCCCGUGUCUUGGUGACCGACUGAUGCCAUUCAAUGAGCACGUUCUAAAAGCCUCGUCUUUGGUUCCAUAUAAAUAAGUAUUUUUUACUGUCCGUUAUGUUCUAUGUUAUUAAAAACAAUGUACUUAAAGAUGAUGUGCCAUUAUUUUCUUCAGUGAGUAAGUGUCUGAACCAAAAGUCUAUCGAAGGAGACAGGAGAGGUUACCUCGCCUUCAAUGGUUAUACCUGGAGUCGUGUGAGCUGUCCUUCUGACUACACCUACAGUGACGUCACUUGUGGAUGCACCGAAACCUAUCAAGGACACGGAAACUGUAAGUGGUAGACCAGUUAUGGUUGGUUCAUUUUCAGUGAUAACUUUAUGGACUUUCGGACUAAAAUAUACCAGGUGUUGGCAAACUUUUUGUGCAGAGGGCCACAUUGAUGAAUGUAAAGCUUUUUGGGGGCCGCAAGUAUAUUAUGUCCAAUAAUUACAAGUCGAUAAUCAUUUCUCUAUAUUAAAAUCGGCAAAUUCGCAUUUUAGCAUUACAUGACAAAAUAGAAAAUUAGAAAGAAAUUUGAUUUAAAAAAUGUUCAAACUAUUAUAACCGUACAUGAAAUUCUGUAAAAUUCAACAAAAUAAUUUAAGAACAAAGUAAUUUUUAAAAAUUUCUAGAUGCCUUCGAGGGCCGCAUAAUAUCAGUUGCUGGGCCGUAGUUUACCCACCCCUGGCAUACACAAUCACGACGGUCCAUAGAUAGAGUGUACAAACAUGGCAGUCAACAGCUAGAGUGUACAGUUGUGACGCAAUCAUUUAAUUAGAUUUAGUUUCAUUCAAAUUUGCGAGGAUACUUUUCUUUCAGUCAAUGAUGAUCAGGGCUGUGUUGAACGUAAGGACACGUUUCACAACUUGAUUUCAAAUCCUAUUCUCUUGCAGUUGAAACGUGCAAUGACAAGAAAGCCAUUCCCAACGACAGGACUGGAUUCUUGCAGUUGGCUCCUAGUGGGUGGGUCCGUAUGCCUUGCCCCAAGUCCCUCGGCUAUGACGCUAAUACUUGCAGAUGCACUGACAAGCUGGAUGUUGUGGAAUAUGGUAAGGAUUAGAAUUAGUAGGUGGUCAGUAGGGUUGUUUUUUAUAGGUGGUCAGUAGGGUUGUUUUUAAUAGGUGGUCAGUAGGGUUGUUUUUUAUAGGUGGUCAGUAGGGUUGUUUUUUAUAGGUGGUCAGUAGGGUUGUUUUUAAUAGGUGGUCAGUAGGGUUGUUUUUUCAGCUUUAAAUUUUAGUUUCAUCAAGUCAGUGUUUUUGGACUGUGUGUAUAGCCUUUCAGAUAGAAAUUGUUGAGAAAGUUCAACUUGGAUUUGAACAAAUAAAUAGUGCCGCCAUUUUUAGACAUGUGAACAUUAUCAGACGAAUUUUAACUGUAAGAAGUUCAUUGACCUAUGACGAUGAAAUAGUUUAACUUCUGUUAUCCAUAAGUUUAUCGAAAAAUUCCAGACUAUAAAAUCACACCAGUGGUCAUUAAGUUAUACUUUUUAAACGUUUCUUUGUAGUCAAUCACUGCCCUGACCUUAAACCCCUCGCUGGUGACAAGACUGGCUUCCUUCAAUUCAACGGUGUCAGUUGGAUCAGAAUGCCCUGUCCCGCUACACUCGGCUACGACCCACGCACCUGCAGGUGCACUUAUAUGAACGGUAAGUGCACGGUGAUGACGUCAGUAAUAACGUUAGGAAUUAAGUUUUGAGCAUUAAAAAAAGUUUUAAUAAAUACCGGGGAGAAGAUUAAAACAAUGAUGAGAUUUUCUGGUCAAGUCAGAUUAAAAAGAUGAUAAGAUUAGAUGGUCAGGUCAGAUUAAAACAAUGAUAAGAUUAGCUGGUCAAGUCAGAUUUAUAUCCAUGAGCUCUAGUUUAUUCAGAGGGGACAUGCCUGUGGAAAAACAGUAUGGAGAUUCAUCCGAGAUCCCCCCCCCCCCUUUUUUUUUCCCCGAAAUGAAUGUGUAUUUAUUUCUUAAGAGAAACAGUGCCACAAUUAUUAUUUUCAAAGUACAGGAGCCAGGAGCGCCAUUCCUCUGAGUUAAUGCAGGACUUGCCCCCUUCAUGACGUGUGCAUUCAUCACAAUAAGAUAAUCAUAGGCUCAUAGGUGUACCAGUAGCAUCAUGUAUAAAUUGGGUUUUACCUAGAAUAUAAAUAUUUAUAAGUUUAAUAAAUAAAAACAUGAAAUGUAAUUUUUUCAGAGAUUGAAGAUGACGAAAGUGACAGUAUUGAUAAAGAUGAUGAUGGUUUCUGCAAACCUUCCCUGAGUCUGAGUUUUGAUGACAACACCGCCACUGACUUGUCAGAGAACCAAUUCUGGAUCAACAACACCGGCGUCACCUUCAAGAACGGCCAAGCUUAUUUUGAUGGCAACUCUAGGCUCACUGUGCCAGGAUUCUCUAACAUGGAGUUUGGAAACAAAGGUUCUUAUCUUUGUAAUGCCUUUAGAUCAUUCUGAUCCUUGACUCGAUAUUAGAGUUGCGUUCUUUGAGGAUCCAUUUUUUUUUUUUAAUAAGUUUGUCGUAAAAAAGUUUGUCAUCAUAUAUUUAUAAGUGACUUACGAAUUAAAUUCUAGUGCCGAAGUAUGAUUUUUUUUAAAAAUAAAAAUAUUUAAUUAUGAAUCAUUAACAUGAAUUAAAAUAAUUCUAAACGAUAAUUCAGCAAAAAGUUGGACAUUGUGAAAAUGAUGCAACUAUAAAUAUUUGUUUACACAAUAAUACUCUGAUUGCAUUGUUAUAAAGGUCCGAUGCUAAAAUCUUGCGUGUAUGACAAAAUGCUGUAUUUGACUUUGUAACACACUUCUACUCUGACAUGGCGUGGGAUGGUUAUUUCUUAUGCUGUGGGUUAUGUCAGUAGUAUGGUUACUUAUAUUAACACUUCAGGAUGCCGACUCAGUCUUCUUCAUUCUUUCACUUAUUAUUCAGGCACGUAAAGAAGAAUACUCAAUUCUAGUUAAAACUCACAGUACUUUAUUGAACACACUUUAUAUUGAUAAUAUUAAUAAAUAAUCCUUGCAUGAAUGUAAUUUCACAUAUAUAUCUAUAGUAUUCCAUCAUUAAGAAAGACACGUCCUCAGACUACUAUAACUCAGCUCAACUGACUGUCUAAUCUCACAGCUCUCACGCUACUGACUGACUCUACUGCUCUGCGCUCAGCUCUCCUUAUCUCAGUCAACUCAUACUUCAUUACCAGCAAAGCGUGCAAAACAACCGCUCUGACAAAACAUAAUUUUACUCUCCAAAAACGUGGAGUUCACAUUUGUUCUCAAAAAUACAAUCCACAUUGAUUGUCUCUCCCCGUGGAAAAACCUGGUGAACACACUCACUGUCCAUUCAUGCUACCUCUCUGUUUACAUGUGAAAACAUAGUCCGUUACAGACUUGGACUCUACAAAUCUGUGAAGCAGAUAGAGUGACAUAGCUAUUUUACAUAAAGCACAUCAUUUAGUUCAAACUAAUGAUAGUUAACCAUAAAUCGAUCUUAUAAUAAAUUGAUCUUAAUAAUUUGAUGCAUUAUCCGACUGGAGAUAUUUUUUUCCUAAAGUGCCAUUACCCAUUUCCCUUACAAUUAACUGUGCAACAAUCCUUGAAACUGCCAAAUAACGAGAUGCAAUAAUUAAAAUUAUUUUAAGCUGUAAAUAAAUGUAUUGUAUUUUUUAUUCAUGUCCCAGUUUACGUCACUGUCAAGUACUCCCAAAGUGGCAACACAAAGCAGACCCUCCUGACAAAUGGAGAUUGUGGCAUUCUACAGUCUAUCGGUGUAUGCACAGAUAUGGAAGCAGUGGACUUCUUCGCUGAAACGGAAGUUAAACAAGUCAAAGUGACCGUGCCAAAAAUGGUGGGUUGACAGUUUUUAAGUUAGUCUAAGAAUUUGUAGGUGUAAGAAUUUGUUGGUGUUUAUAAAUAGACAUUAAAUUCAGUGUAUGACAUAGUGAAUAGUUUUUUGGCUCUAUUUUGUUUCUACAAGAGACGUAGACAGCCUGUGUCAUAGACAGCCUGUGGCAUAGACAGUAUGCGUCAUAGAGAGUCCGUGACAUAGACAGCCUGUCACAUAGAAAGCCUGUAAAACCAUAUGACUCUUGUCAUUAUCUCAAUGUUGUAUCUUGUACCGGGUGAAGAUGCCAAUGCUGCGUGUUGUUACGUGUGAGAAGGGUCUACAUCAAGAGCUGUGGUGCCGAGGCUAGAGUGAAAUGUAACGUGAAUGCUUAUAAAAGAUUAAAUGUAAUAAAUUCUUAGAAAUUGUUUUCAUUUUAUACUACAGACCAACUCGUGGCAGUACGCUAUGUACGCCCUGGACAAAGGUCAUCUCCAAGGGUAUGUCGGGACAAGAACCCACACUCAGGAAAUUAAAGGUAGGUCAUCUGUUUCAUCCCGUGAAGCAGUUCUUAUGAGCUCCCUUUAAAUCUGAUCCUUUGAUUCGAGAUGUAUAAGUUGAUCUCUCUGCCUUAUUACAAGUUAAGAAAAGCUGUACUAUAGCUCACUUUUACCCUAAACCAGAGGCGUAGCUAGAGUGUUCAGCGCCCGGGGACACGUUUCAUUUUUAAACAGCCUCCCUUUCUUUUUUUCAACUCUCAAAUCGAUUAUUGUUAUCAAUAAAUUAUAUGAAAGCACAUUUCGGGGCCCCUAACUCGUCUAACACCCAGGGACAUAUGCCCCCUGCUCCCCCUUAGCUACGCCUCUGCCCUAAACCACACAUUCAUAAUAUGAAACUCUGGAGUUAAGGAUUGUUAAAUCAUAUUUUCAUUGUGUGUGCUAAUAAAAUAAUAAUUCCGGAUUGGUAACACUGCUGGAUCAAACAAAAGUCUUGUCACCGUAUUGUAGCGUCAAAUGUGAAUUCUUUUUACUUAUCUAAACACACUUUUAAUCUUUUCUAGGUUCUCUUCUGAGACGUCAAAGAGGUUUAAUCAUCGGAGGAGGUGGGGAAUGUGGUGACUUUACAGGAAUCAUUGAUGAGGUAAAUAACGCAAUAUGUAUCAUAGUUACACACUAUGGGAACUAUGGGAGUUUAUGUGUGUGUAUUUAGUGUAGCUACACCCUACGUGUGCUAUGGGAGUUUCUAUGUGUGUAUGUAUUGUGUUUCUUUUUAAAAAAAACAUUUAUCAGGAACAAAUAUAAAUUAUAGGUUAAAUUUCACAAUAGCUAGGGAAACUUGAUAUAUUGGCCAAUGCUCUCUGAUCCUGUUGUAAUAUGUGAUUUAUCGCCAGUCCCAUGUAGAUCUAUAUAGCAAUUAUUAUUAUAGGAUUUCCUUGUAACUGUACGAUGAAAGAUAAAAAGCACUGCAAAAAGGCAAAUUAUUAGGGAAAAGAAAUGAUUUCCCACGAUUAUCAAUGAAAAAGAUGCACACGUGAUUAAACACUAAUAAACCAGGCCAUAAAUAGAUUACUGUAAACUAAACAAAUAUGUCAGCUGUGUGAACGAGCAACUGGCAAUCACAUUUUAGUUACUAUAGCAACCAUUCACAAGUCUCCGAUCGCUCUUUGUUUCAGCUGCAUGUAUUCUUCUGUCGCCCCGAUUUUUCCUGAGCUGAACGACCAAAACAUGACAAAAGUGAAAACACACCAAGAAGAAAAUAUCGCGGGGAAAACCAUUGUGUUAAGAAAUCCAUCCCAAGAUUUCUUUCUUUAGAAAUAUAGGUGAAAUUUUGAAUGCAAAUAUAUAUAAAUGUGGUUGUGUCAACUAACAGUUAAAAUACAUUAUAGAAUGAAGUUAAACUUAAACGGACACAUUAUACAAUGACAAGAUACAGAUUAAGAAGAAAAAAAAGAGACCACUAGAUUUUAAGCAUAAUAUCAAAGAAAUCAUGUCAACCAAUUUGGUCCGGCACUAAAUUCAUGAAAGAAUUAAUAGAAACUAAAAUAUGAAAGGGGGUGUUCAUUGUUGAUUUUUUUUUCAUCACUAUUUUUCCUUUCAUUAUUUUAAGUUAUUUUAGAAGUAAUAAUUUGUCGUUUAAUAUUUCAUGUUUUAAAAGCAAAUAAAAAAGUUGUUCAUGUUUAACAU